AGGUGGCGGUGUGGCCGGAGGGCAGUGCCGGUGGAGGGCAGUGCCGGUGGGGUUCAGGCGGAUGGCGAUGGCUCAGGAGCUGCUGAAGGUGUUUGUGAGCCGGAGGAUCCCUCUCGAGGGUUUCAGGGCCUUGGCCGAGGCCGGGAUCUGCACAAUCGGCCAGUGGGAUUCGGACGAGCCAGUGACCCGCCAGGAGCUGCUCAAGGGGAUUGCGGGAGCGCACGGCUUGUACUGCAUGUUAACGGACAAGAUCGAUGAGGAGAUUUUACAAGCGGCAGGACCAAAUUUGAAAAUUAUCAGCACCCUUUCAGUUGGCUUCGACCAUCUCUCCCUGGACGAAAUCAAAAAGAGGGGAAUCCGGGUGGGCUACACCCCAGAUGUCCUGACUGCCGCCACUGCUGAGCUCACCGUGGCUUUACUCCUGGCCACAUCCCGCAGACUGAUGGAGGCGGUUGAGGAAGUGAAGAAUGGUGGCUGGAGUGCCUGGAAGCCCCUGUGGCUGUGUGGCUUUGGGCUGCAAGAGAGCACGGUGGGCAUCGUGGGACUCGGAAGAAUAGGUCUAGCAAUCGCUGAGCGCCUGAAGCCAUUUGGAGUGAAAAGGUUCUUGUACACAGGACGACAGCCCAGGCCUGAACCUGCUGCCAAAGUACAGGCUGAAUACGUGCCUCUGAAUACACUCGCCAGCCAGUCUGACUUCAUUAUUCUGUCGUGUUCCUUCACUCCUGACACUCAGGGAAUGUGUAACAAAGACUUCUUUGCCAAAAUGAAGAAAACGGCAAUAUUGAUCAAUUCUAGCAGAGGAGCUGUGGUGAAUCAGGAGGACCUAUAUCAGGCUCUGACCACUGGGCAAAUCGCAGCCGCAGGAAUGGAUGUCACUGUUCCUGAGCCACUGCCCACCAACCACCCUCUGCUCUCACUGAAAAACUGUGUUGUUCUGCCUCACAUUGGAAGCGCCACCUACGCGACCAGAAACGCCAUGUCUGUGCUGGCAGCCAACAACCUACUGGCUGGACUCAAAGGGGAGCCUAUGCCAAGCGAACUGAAAAUGUAACCUCAAGAAUCCUCACCCACACGCGUUCACACAAGUGCAUCGAUUCUCCCCCCCACCCCCCCCCCCUCCUCCUCGUGGGGACACAAGUGUGUAAAGCGUCCGUUCAUGUCGGAAACACAGUUUAACAUACAUGGUGGUGACGCACUCCAGCGAGAGAGACUCGGGUAGUUAGUUUGUGAACAUGGCAACACCAAAUGACAUUGAUGUAUUUGUUUUGACUGAUUCCUUACAAAAUAUACGGAAGUCACUUUUAUACAUUAAAAAAAAAGUCAUCUCACCCACUGCAGCGUGAGAGCUCGAGGAAUCUCUGUGACCUUAGGGAUGGUAAAAACUGGUCAGUUUCAAUCAUUGUUUGCAGUUUUGUGUUUUUAUAGCAGUCCGUACAUGGAAGAGUUUUUUUUUCUUCCCCCGCCCCUGGUUAAGGUUUUCCUCUUGCACGAAUAUGUUUGAUUGCAGUUUCUUUUCUGGGUCCGGUUCCUGCCGGAACACAGUCUCUCGUCAGCGAGCUAUUUGUCUGCAGAGGACACUACAACCUCUCCACUCAUGCACGCAUCCAGCAACGAACUUUAAUUCUCCUCCCCUCUUCCCCCCCCCCCCCCAUUCAACCCAGUGCUGCCAAGGACAACUCAAGCACUCCUCUUGUCACAUUUAAUAGCUUUGAUUAAUCGUGCAAAGCUUUGGGUGAUUUUUGUGGCAGGUCUGCUCCUUUAUGAAGGCAGCACUGGCUCAGCGCAAUACACAACACGACUGUUUUCCUCCUGAAUACAAAUCUGAGGAGAAAUGUUGACCAAUUCGCUUGCAUUUAUAUAGCGAAUUUCAUGCGAGAUAGUGUCUCGAAGCGCUUAACGGGGAUUGGGGGUUGGGGAACCAUCUUAAGGUGACUGAUGUGGCAGUGGGGAAAUAUUGCUGUGACAUUUCACACACAACUAUUGGGAUUGUUCCAAACAAUUUGCCGAUUUAUGGCUAUUGUACUUGUCUAACUCCUUCAGUACCUAACGAUUUCACUCCCACAACUUAAACAAACACCUCCAGUUAAUGGGAAUCACUCCAUUCUGUUUGCACUCCCAUCUUAGACCUCGGUUCAGACAGUUAUCAGAGUGUUUCAGUUUUAUCACCAUGUCAAAAGAAUACAAUGGAUAACAAAAUAGCACGAGUAUUAAUUUAACCCAAAUGCAAAAGAAACACAGGCAGCACAAGUCAGAGCCUCAUCACAACAGGUGACAGGUGUGCAAAAGGGUUAAUUUACAUUCGCUUUCACUGUUGAAAAUACGUAUCUUGUAUCUUUCGAACAAUGAAUGAUAUGAAAGCGGAUAUACGUCUUGUCACGCAAAAAUAUUUGACUCAUGUUAAGCCUGGUUCAGUGUCAAUGAGUAACUGCACGAUAAACAUGUAGCGUUCCAAUGUUGAAGACAAUAAAAUUGAGUACAGAAAGCA